ACCUGACAGGUGUUGUCUAUGAUCAUGACUGCUGCCAAAAGUAUAUAGAUAGAGCUUGGCCCGGGGCCAGUUUCAUUUGCAGUGUGAACAUGGAAGCACCUCGCCAAGUACAACAGCAACUUCCUGCUCGAGGAAGAGGAGGAAGAAGAAGAGGAAGAGGAGGAGUGAGAAUGCGUGGAGGAAUGGGGGAAGAGGCCAAGGAGCACGGAGGCACCAUGAUGUCCCAGAUGAAAUCCGGGCCACCCUUAUUGACCACGUUAUAAACCAUAGCCUCACAAUGGCAGAGGCAGGUCGCCGAGUGCAGCCUAAUGUGGCUCGGUCUACAGUCUCCUCCAUCAUCCAAACCUCUCGCAGGGAAAACAGGAUUGGACGACAGCCUCAAGUGGGUGGCAGAAGAAAACUUCUAAAUGAACAACAAGAACGAGAAAUAUGCAACAUGGUCAUUGCAAAUAAUGCCAUCACACUGAGACAGAGUCGUAAUGCAAUCCUGCUAGACAAUGUAAUGUUCCAAAAUACGAACUCUAUCAGCAUCUCCACAAUAGACCGGGUAUUGAAGAAACAUCUGAUGACCAUGAAACAGAUUUACAGGGUACCAUUUGAGAGAAACUCAGAGUGAAAGGGCUGCGGUACCAGUAUAUGCAUGUAAGUCACCUACUGGUUGUCUAUCAUUGUAACACUAUUACAAUAAGACAUGGUUACCACUGUUUUCUUGUUUUGCGGUAUCCUUUUCACCUUCAGAAUGCAGCUUUGGGUGACUAGAGCAUUUUGCCUAGAAAUUGUCGUCAGUUUCCCGCUCCCUGUUUGUACAGUAAUUCAGAUCCUCCCUGCAGUAUCUGUCUCUACUUGAAUGAUUAGAUUUAUUUCUAUUCUAUUGUAGAGAAUAAUGGCAUUAGAAGCCAACGACACCCCUCACAUCCUAGUGUUCGUUGAUGAAGCUGGCUUCAACCUGGCCAAAGGUCGAAGGCGUGGCCGUAACAUCAUUGGCCACCGAGCCACUGUGGAUGUCCCAGGCCAGCGAGGGGCAAAUAUAACAAUGUGUGCCGCUAUAUCAGAAAGAGGUGUGGCCACACACAUUCCCAGUUUAGGGCCCUACAAUACACAAAAGCUCCUCAAUUUUUUGGACCACCUUUAUACUGAUCUGAUCCCAGAAAAUGAGAGAGGUGUAGAAGGACCUCAGCUACCACAUUAUGUCAUUGUGUGGGAUAAUGUGAACUUCCACCGCGGCCCACGCAUCAGAACCUGGUUCACCACCCAUCCCCGGAUGCUAAUGGAGUUUCUUCCACCUUACUCUCAUUUCCUAAAUCCAAUUGAGGAGUUUUUUUCAGCUUGGAGGUGGAGGGUGUAUGAGCAUCAGGCUCAAGACCAGAGGGCCCUGCUGCAUGCAAUGGAUGCUGCAUGUGAGGACAUCACAGGGGACCAAUGUAGGGGAUGGUUGAGACAUUCACGCCGUUUCUUCCCUCGCUGCAUCGCACGAGAAAAUAUCUGUUGCGAUGUGGAUGAGAAUUUAUGGCCUGACAGAGAGCAGCGCGUCGAUGGCCAGGAGGAUGAGGAUGGUGGCCAGGAAAGAGAGGGUGACAAUGGCUACCACUGAAAAUAUUACUGUACUAUAGUUCUGAAACCUUAUUUACAGUAUGGUAGGCUAGAGUUGUUUUUGUUUUUUGUUUUGUUUGUGUUUAUAACUGUUCACAUUUACAGAAUCCUGCAUAUGUUUUCUUUUC